ACAUUUUUCAUUAUUAAAGUAAUACUUUUUACAUAUGAUAAAGCUGUGAAUAAUAAUAAUUAGAAAUAAAAUGUUCCGCUACAUUGUCGCUAACAUGUGAGACGAUGUUAUCUGCCUUUGAGAGCGCAAAAGUUGGUUUAGCCGCUAAAAUCUGAAGGACGAUAGCCAUAUUAUUUAUGACCGUAUUUAUCUGUUGUGCGUUAUCAGUCCACUGUGGUUCAAUUUUAGCUUGUAGAGACCUUCAUUUCAAAGCUCUUAUUAUUUAUUGCCAUACACUUCAAAAAAUUACAUUUAAUAAUCUGAAUCUUGCCUCUUGGACUUCUAAAAAUUUUCAAAUUUAUUGUGCAUGGGUAAAUUAUUAUUAUUCUUUUUGGCCCAGGAACUUGUGAGAUUGCGAUCAGUCAAUAAAAGCUCACUUUGUGUAGAUACGUAAUCCUGUUUGGACAGUGAACCAUCUGCAUAUAUUUAACUAGAAAAUAUUUUGUUUUCGUCUCAUGAACUAGAACUAUAUACAUUAACAAUAAUUAAAUUACCACUUACAUUUUAAUGAGAGACGCAUUACAAUUAGUCUAAUUUCUAUGCAACACAUUGACCAUUCACAUUUGUCUUACUUUUCUGAAUGAUGAAUGUUGGAAACCAGCUUUUCAUACAAGACUCAUUGUUACUGAAUUAUUAAUGAAAAAUUCGCAGAACUGUCGAUGUGGAUGAUUACAAUGACUAAUUCCCUUCUUAAUCAGUUUCCUGUGUGGUGUUUCUUCUAUCUGAAUUCGCAGCGUUCAGCUGCACCCACGUAUGUUGGCUGUAUCUCUUGUUCUAAAAGGAUUUAGAUCUCAAACUUGUUAAUUAGUGAAAUAAUUAAUGUCGAAGUAUAUCAAUGUCAUGGAACAAUGAAACGUAUAGUUAUUUUCGUAAAAUGUAUCUAAAAAUCGUAUGCCGAGAAAAUCCUCACAUCUUAGAUUUAAUUUUUCACGACUUUGCUCGCAAUUUCAUUAAUAAUAACUUGAGUAGUUUUACUUCACUCCAUUACUUAAACCUAAAUGUAAUGGCUGGGAUUGUAAAAUGCAAAUAUAAACAUUUACAAAGCGUGAAACAAAGAUCGUAUGUUAAUUCGGUUUGCCCUAAAGAGGUCCAUUCUGAACGUACUUGAUUUUGUUUGACUUUCCUGAUUGUUUCCUUGUGCGGCCAAGCCGUUUAAUAGUAAUCUUCUAAUGUUUUUAAAUGCUCACAGUGUGAUUUUUGGGGCGACACGUUUUACAUAUAUACUUGUACAUGAUGCAAACGAGUUCUGUAGAACAUCACCAUCGAACAUUAAACAAAGCGCCCAUAGUUUCCAUUUAAACUUGCAAUAAAUAUCAAGGACGUCGCGAUAAGAUUUUGACUCGUUAUCGCAACAGACUCGAUCUCCAAUGAUUUCUAAGAAUAGCAAGUCGAAAAUCCUCUACAGAAGUAAGGGAUUAUUAGUUCUGAUACCCACAUUAUUUUUUUAGUAUCAUUUUUUUGUCGUUGAAUCAGUUUUUUUUUUAUUUUUUUUUUAUUAGCGAUUCAUCAAUUCACAUAGGUUAAACUCCAUUGAUUACUUGUGCUUAAUGCAUGCACAUUUUUUUAAUCGGCGUGCAAUGCACAUCAUGAGUAAAGCACUCUUCAACACGCUCAAUUAUAUUCGACGUUUAAAUUGUCGUAGGCUUGGCGCGCUAUUUUCCACUAGCUCAAUUAAUGAUAUAACUCGCAAUGGAUAGUCCGGUGACUGGCCGGAUAUGCUGCACUAGAACAGCUUGCGCGUCUUACCUGACGUUUUCUGAAUGUAAUAUUGGUUACGCGUAUUAUUGAUAAACUGAACAGCUUGUAUUGGGUGAUAUGGUUUGAUUUAAUAAAGACGGCCACUAGUUAAUAAUAACUAAUUGCUGCACACUUGGAUUAAUGCGUGCACCGCCUCAAAAUUACGUCGCACGCUGAACGAAUAGAUAUGUGCUAUUUCAAUAUUUUGGCUUCGGAGUUCGAACUAUCUCCAUCACUGAAUGCAUAUUCUAUUGUACGAAUUUAACUUGAGAUUAUCUUUAUCAGAAUUCCUGUUCCACGCAGCUAUCACUCUGGUGUUCUCAUUCACUUAGAUCAUCAGCACAGAUGACAUGGAAAUAUACAUGCAUUUAUCAGUCAGUAUCUUAGUGUCGAGCUUAUCUCUAAGUAACAUCAAACUCUACUUAUCGUGACCAUUUAGAAUUAAUGAUGUUUUCACAUAACAUUCGGGUACAUGACUCUUUUAUAUAAUACGAUUUGUCUGAUAACCUAAACAUAAAUUUAUUUUCAAAUAAUGCGGACCAAUUUUUUAUUUCUGUUUCAGUCCAUCUUAAACAUAGCUGCAAAUUAGUUUCAGUACUUUCACUUUAGUUAGCUAUCAAUAUGUUAGUAAAUCUAGGGAUAUUAAUUUAUAUUAAAAUUGCGAUACAUCAAACUAUGUUUCAGGAGAGAAGCGUUACUUGUUGCAUCAGAUUAGAUAAUUACUUCAAUCUCUUGUGGAUUCUAACUUCAAGUAUUGAGUGGGGAGGGCUUGCAUUGUUAGUCCUUUUUGUCGUAAAUUCGUGUGAAUUGAUUAUGGCAACAUGAAAUCCUGAUUUUAUUGUGUUUAUCCUGGCUCUUUAAUUGUGUUGAGCAUAAAUUGUGUAAUCCAGCCUUCGUUUUCCGAGGCCUCAUAAUUCUUCCGCUAUAAAUAGAAAUUUACAGACCAAGUCCCGACAUGAUGGGUAUUAGCAACCCAUAUAUAUCUCUAUACAGAGUCGAGCUCCAAACAUCCAACCCAUACGUUCCAAGAUAUAUUAGAGAUAAUCACUAGGAUACUGUAAUCGCUAAAAAUUGUUUACUGGAUUGCACGAGAGCUCAACUCAUUCCGGUCAUUAAUACUCUUUCUUCAAUUAUUCCUUUCCAUUCGCAACAUGAAAUUAUAUCGUUCCUUCUGCAACGUUAUUUAAUUGUCUGAUGGUGCUCAUCCCUGGGAGAUUCUACUACUCUACUGUCAUUGUGAUCAUAAGUCGAGUGAAGGACUCUCCAUCAGCAAGCUUCCCAGCGCAGUAGUGAUGUUUGCCGACUCUCACUCACAUCAGGAAUUUGUCCACAUUAUUUACCACCGAUAUUGUCCCAUUCUCAUCAUUUAAACUUUCCACCAAAUCUCUAUAAUUUCUGUGUGCAUGGUUCUCGCAAGAGAACUGAAGAUUUCUCAUGGAGAUCUGUACUUCCAUCGGCAAAAGAUACGCUAUUGGAAUUAAAACUCGCUUACUGUUUCAAUGUAAUUUUGAAAUAAUGACUACUUUUAAAAAAUUAUUUAGCGCACGUCGUUGCCAAGCUCUAGCAGCUAGCUGAAUGAUAUUCGGAGUAAUGCCCACGUUUCCUAAAAGAGACUUUUGUGCUCUAAUAUCAGAUAAUAUAUGCAUUAUUUACGCCAAGAUAACCCAUUAUCGUAAGAAGAACAAAUUCUUUUUGUGUACACCUCUGAAUCGUUAUGCAGCAAUUGCCAAUUAAUUUAUGAUGCAUUAAUUAACCGAUGCAUCAUGAGAUCUAUAAUUCAUGUCAAGAUGAAUCAUUCAAGUUUUUCAUUCAAAAUUUUCAGUAAAUCGUUCAUCAAUCAUUCAACAAGUUUUACGAGUGGUCACAUAUUCAUUCCCCUAAUUAAACACUUUGCAUAGAGUCGAGGGGGACUUUUUAGGCGUGUUAUGGCGUUCGUAUAGAUUCAAUGCCUGCAAUCUUUGUUAUUUCAAGCACCCUGCAUGCCAAUUUCAAAUGUGAUUAUUUUUCACUAUGAAAUAUUUUGCUUAUCCAGUGCCUUUAAAUCAUGCUAACAAAUAUUAAAUGUGUGCUAUCAGUUAUUGAAAUGUACGGUACUCGUCAACUCACCUUUGCGUCAUCGUUUUGCGUGUACCUUCUUCCUGCAUGGUUUUAACGACAGAAAUGUCUGUCUUUAAAUAAUAGGUGUGACUAAUAGUUAUGUUUUUAAAGGUUUUAUACUUCUGUCCUCGUGAAUAUGAAAUGUUUUCAUAUACAUAUAUUAUUGUUUGCAUGAUUGCUGUAAUGAUCCUGAAGUCAGGUUGAAGUUGUUUUAGUUUAACAAUUUUUAAUACCAUCAGACUAAAUUGCAUAUAUCUCGUCUCUGCUUUGAAUUAUCUAAUAAUUUUCGUAGUAGGGCGCUGACUUUGCUUAAGUUAAUAUUUCCAUUCUUCGGUUUUGAUUUGUUUCAUUUGAUAGGCUGAAUUCAAACUACGUGAAAUUAGGCUAUAUGUUUAUUUCCUGUCUUACUUUUAUAAGGACAGUGGACUUAAUUAUUGACAGUUUUAAUUUUGCAGAUGAACUGUGUUGCUAGUAGAUCUGCCAUUGAAGAUAGUCAAAUCAAUUCAUUCAUUGAACAUCAAUCAUAAUCCCAACAGUUUUUUCUUUCCAAGCUUAAAUAUCCUCAAGUUCAAGUAGAAACUUGAGUUGUACCUAUCUAUUAAUCUUCAAUCAUCAUUCAUAAUUUAUGACUUUAAAAUCAUCCGAAAUGCCCAUGGAAGAGAACACGAUUACGAAAAAAAUGAAACCAGUUAUUCCACCGAAACCGAAAACCUACAGCAGACCAACACCACCUCCUAAACCACCGAAUCUCUGUCCAAAAAAUUCAAGAGUAAAACUACAAAUUUCUACGCACAAUAAGAAGGCUGCCAGUGGAGAUUCGGAUGAAUGUGACAGUGGAAAAUGUUCAGUUGUGUCACAAAAUGAAUCCAUAGUAAACGAGGAGCAAGUUUGUCAUCCAUUCAAUCCCUUGUGUAGAAGUUCAGCCUACGUCGAAGCAACUGUUUCGUCGAAGGACGACAGUGAAAGUGGUCAGUGCAAUGAAGACGAGAGUUGCGAAGCAGGCACAAUCAUGAAUCACUUGUUGCCUCCUCUAAGCCAGCUGAGCGCCACGAGCAGCGACGACUCACGGAACGGUUGGCGCGACAGCGCUGCUCUAAGUAACGCUCCUUCACUUAGCAGUUCAGUGUCGUCCGUGUGUUGGGAAAGCAUACGAGAUCCUGCGCUCAGCGACCAAUUAGACAAACUCAGCGACCUGGAGUGCUCUGGAAGAUCAAAUUCGGCAUCCCCCCAACCCCUGUGUGACCCUUCUAGGUCCAGUAACCAAUUCACGACACAUAGUGAUCGAUCUAACAGCCUUGAUACGUUGCCUGCUGCGUGUGACGCCUCUAACAGUGUGACCUCUACUAACAGAGAGGAUAAUCAAGACCAUUCCGUACCUAGUUCUAGAAAUAAAAAAAUUUUUAAUCUAGUUAAAGAAAUGAUGACUUCCGAGGAAGUAUUUUUUAACGUAUUGAAAUUGCUCAAUGAAAAAUUUCGCCAAUUUGUUACCGAACAAGGCUGUGUUAUUUCAAAUGAUAAUCAUAAUAAUAAUAGGUUGGCAAUAUCUCGAUGCGGUCAUAUAACAGAAGAAGAACUCAACCGAAUUCUAAAUUACCUCCCGCAAUUGCAGAAUUUUAGUGAAGGCUUCCUGGCCGACUUGAAGCACCGGCUCACAGACUGGGAUCAGCAUCAAAAAAUAGCAGAUAUAAUCAUCACCAAAGGCCCUUUCCUCAAAAUGUAUUCAUCCUACAUAAAAGACUUCGAACAUCAGUGUACUCUCCUUGACGAAGCCUGCUCGAAACAUCCUAACUUCGCAAAGGCAGUUCAAGCUUUCGAAGCCAGCGACGUGUGUUGCAAGUUGAGCAUAAAGCAUUACAUGCUGAAGCCUGUCCAAAGGAUACCCCAAUAUCGUCUCUUAUUUCAGUCCUACGUUGAUUUACUUCCUUCUACUUCGCCUGAUCUACUAGACUCGCACAAGGCUCUCACCAUUCUUGAAGGUGUUGCUGAUCACGCCAAUAACACUAUCAAAAUUGAGGACAAAGUUUCGGAGCUGCUAUCACUACAGCGUCGCAUUUACCGCUGUCACGACGGUUGUCAGCCCGAGCUCAUCAAGCCGGGGCGACAAGUGCUCAAGCAGGGUGAGCUUAUGAAGCUCAGCAGACGCGGCAUGCAACCAAGAUACUUCGUGCUCUUGUCAGACGUGUUGUUAUAUACGUCGUACAGCAGCAGUGGCAACGCCAUGCUGAGACUCAACACUGAGCUGCCACUAGAAGGCAUGAAGGUUUCAAAACCCAUCGCUGACGACUUCAAGGCUGAGCUCACUAUACGCGCCACGCAACGGUCCUUCACUCUACAAGCAAGAAAUGAAGAAGAGCGGGACGUGUGGUUGACAGCUCUGAGUGCCGCCAUAGACGCGAAUAUUGCUCGACGCAGCACCUUCCUCUCAGCCAAGACUUCCUCCUACGUGCCGCCCUCGACCUGCGAGCUCGGCAAGCAGGCGCCGAUUUGGGUGCCGGACUACCGGGUGUCGAUGUGCCAGGUCUGCACCGCAGAGUUCUCACUCACCUUCCGCCGUCACCAUUGCCGAGCCUGUGGCAAGGUGGUUUGUGAAAGAUGUUCAAACAACCGCGCCCCAUUGGAGUUCAAGGCAAACAACCCUGAACGAGUGUGUGACCUGUGCUACGAGAGUCUGCUCUCUGCCCUCGAGUCGCGAUUAGAAGAGAACAAAUCGGCUGCAGUAGAAGACCGAUCUCCCAGUCGAGAGAACCCUGACAAUUCUGUACAGCAUCUCAAGAAACUCAAGUGCAGUUUCAAGAAGGGAGUGCGGGACUCGAUGAGGGCGAAGAGCCUCAGGAAACCCGACAGACUACUGGAAGUGUGCGGCAGCGACGUAGGGUCACAGAUGCGCGGCUACCUGAAGCGGCAGGGCCGUCGUGGCUGGUUCGUGCUAAAGGAGCGCGUCUUGUACCAAUACGUCGCACCCGAAGACGUGUGCGCCAUAGAGAGCUUGCCUGUGCUGGGCUACUCCGUCGAUGUUCCGGACGCUGACAGUGGCGAGCUGCACUUCACACUGCAGCACCCUAAGCAAGACAUCACAUUCGUCGCUGAGACCCCGGAGCUACUUCAAAAGUGGAUUAAGGCGAUGCAAGAGGCCACAGUUUUAUGAUGGCGGCACAACUUCUCCCUCUUCACUCACAAACCUGCCAAGUUUUGUCUAUCAAAUUCCGCCUUAAAAUUAGCCCUCAUAUUUACUAUGUCAUUCAUCGCCCUAAUUUGUAUUAAUAGGCAAUCGCAAUCCUCCCAGCAUUUUAACUGUUAU